GUUGGCAACCGAGCAAAAAGGGAAUUCUUCGGGCCCUACUGUGGCAAUACUUGCAACCUCCGAAGGGGUUAUUUUAUCAUUGAGCCGAGCACAACUCGACAACGGGGUCACAUCUCUGACCCCAUAUGGUACCCUGAGGGCCCAUUCUACGCCGAGGACAGCGCAACUGGGCCCACCCACACCGAACAAACUGUAUCAUGGCGUCAUGCUCUCGAGUCGAGGCAAUACUACGUCCACAACAGUUUUAAUCCGUUGCUAUGACGACCAAUUUAAAGCAAUUUCGAUUAGUUUUAUGUCGAGAAAAGGUGUCUAUGCUAAAGAGAAUUGUAUGGAUGGACCUCAACGAAGACGGUGA